GUCCCACGGAAAGGCUUGGUUCCUUCAUCCCUGCAGCACUCUGCAGGAGUCAUCAGCAGCCUAGCCGAAAAUUAGCAGCCAUGGCCAGCAGAAGCUAAUUUAUUCAUCUCGGUCUGCGGUUAUUUUAUUCAGCCAGCUAGCACGAACGCGUCUUCUUUUUUAGCGCUGCCCAGAAACAAAGUUUUCGACCUAGCCAAUCUUCUCUGUUGGGCCAAUCUCAACGACUUCGUUGUCGGCACACCAGUGCGUAGGUAGCUGUGCCAUGGGAAAAGCUGUGGAAGUAGCGACGCAAGCACUGCAUGGAAUGUGCUUGUAGGGCGUCUUCCAAGCGGAGCUGUCUUUUUCGUCAGCAUGGGUUGCUGUGUGUCCAUUGACGAGGAGGUUGUACGACCGACUGCACCACGCAAGCCCGAGACUCCCAGAGGAGCGGUCAACCGACAAUCGACUGGUGAUCAUCCGGUCGGUUCCAUAGACGACAUUAUACGCUCUAGUGGCCCAAACCAGCAUCAGCGCGUUGCCUCGGGAGGAGGCAGCGGAACGUCCGUAGGAGAGAGCAGCAGAUCGAACGGCUCAGCAGCGUCCCGGAGAGUCGGCACGAGCGUCGGUCAUUCCGAGGGUCGCGUAGUAAUCAGCGUAGGGCAAUACGGCGGCAGCGGGACGACGGAACUGACCGUAGACGCAUCGUUAAGAGAAUUCUCGUUUCGGGAGCUGGAGACAGCCACGAAGCAUUUUCGAGACGAUGGAAAGCUUGGCGAGGGAGGAUUUGGGAGCGUUUAUCGAGGAACUAUCGAUGCGAAUUCGCCUGGAGGAGGGCAGAAAGUCGCCGUUAAGAUGCUGACGCUGGACGGAACACAGGGAGAACAGGAAUGGAUGGCAGAGGUACGGUACCUGGGAGAGCUUCGGCACCCGAACCUGGUGCAACUAGUAGGGUACUGUGCAGAGGACGUGCAGCGGCUGCUGGUGUACGAGUUCAUGGAGUAUGGCAGCCUCGAGAGAUACCUCUUCUCUCGCACCCGAGAUCCAUUGCCAUGGGACAUCCGCAUGAAGGUGGCGCUGCAUGCUGCUCGGGGUUUGGCGUUCCUGCAUGAGGAAGCGGAGCCGCAGGUCAUCUACCGGGACUUCAAGACCUCCAACAUCCUCGUUGACAGGGAGUUCAACGCCAAGUUGUCUGACUUUGGUUUGGCAAGAGAUGGGCCGCAGGGAGGCAACACUCAUGUGUCCACAAGAGUCAUGGGCACCUUUGGCUAUGCCGCUCCUGAAUACGUGCUCACUGGCCACCUGACAGCCAAGUCGGACAUCUACAGCUUCGGCGUGGUGCUCCUGGAGAUCAUCGCCGGCCGCCGCGCCAUGGAGGUGCAGCUCCCCAAAGCAGAACAGAACAUCAUCGACUGGGCGCGACCCUUUUUCCGCGACCGCUCACAGCUGCCCCGCCUCCUGGACAAGCGCAUCGUGGCUGCCGCUCAGGCCAAGCAGCAGGCCAUGCCGCUGGCUAAGGCGGUGGCCAAGGCGGCGGUGAUCGCGCAGUGCUGCGUGAAGGUGGAACCGAAAGAGAGGCCGGCCAUGUCCGAUGUUGUAAAGUCGCUGGACGCGGUUCUGAACAUGUCUGUGCCUGCUGCUGCUGCUUCUGGAGGGCCGUAGGUUGGACGCAACCAGAUUUUAGAAAGCACAGGGAUUAGCUGCUGAAGAUAAGUUUAUUGUAAUGGCUAAUGCUGGUGGUUGGUUGUGGUUGAAGAGGUUGUUGGAGAAGUUAUGAAGACUUAGGAAUUGAAGAGUUACCACAGGUGCAACUGUGAGGAGCAGCUUGAUGCUGAUUUGGAUGACUAGCGAGUGUGGUGGAUAGUGUGGUCCGGUAGUGUGAUCCAAUUGUGGGUCGCGUGUGCCAUGCUCUUUGUGAAUCAACAUGCAUGCGAAAUUACUGAACGUUUGCAUUUGCCUAGCCUUAAAAGUACAAU